CAGAGCGCGCCCGCCGCCGGCUGGGCCGCCGCCUGCCGCUCACCCGGGACGGCCAUGUGCCAGGUGGGCGAGGACUAUGGGGCGCCGGCGCCCGAGGUGCCGCCGCCGCCGCCGCCGCGGGCUGGCCGUGAGCUGAAGUGUGUGAAGUGCUCGGAAGGCCUGCCCGUGGUGGUGAUCCGAGCAGGGGACGCCUUCUGCAGCUGGGCCUUUCUGAGCGCCUGCCAGUGCAGGUGGCACCAGGCUCCUGGCCCCUCAGGCAUCGGUUCAUACUGGGACUGUUUCAAGGCGUUCUACGUCCACAAGUUCAGAGCUGUGCUUGGGAAGAACCGGCUGAUCUUUCCAGGAGAGAAGGUGCUCCUGGCGUGGUCUGGGGGGCCUUCGUCCAGCUCCAUGAUCUGGCAGGUCCUUGAGGGCCUGAGUCGAGAUUCUGCCAAAAGACUGCGUUUUGUGCCAGGGGUUGUCUACGUUGAUGAGGGAGCAGCCUGUGGACAGAGCCCGGAGGACAGAGCCAAAACCCUAGCCGAGAUGAAGCUGAUCCUGCAGACAGUUGGUUUUCCCUGGCACAUUGUGGCCUUAGAAGAGGUGUUCGGCCUGCCGCCGUCCGUGCUUCGCCACCUUGCCCAGGAGCCCUCAGGGACCAAGGGGGCCUAUAAGGCAGCUGUGGACAGUUUCCUCCAGCAGCAGCACGCACCAGCCCCAGGGGAGGAGCAGCUGAGCCAGCCUGGCUCCCAGGACCCCCAGAGCCCAGCGGGGCUACCCACAGCUGCCCAGACCGAGGCCCAGGCACCCACAGCUGCCCAGACCGAGGCCCAGGCCCCCACAGCUGCCCAGACCAAGGCCCAGGCACAGGCACCCACAGCUGCCCAGACCGAGGCCCAGGCACCCACAGCUGCCCAGACCGAGGCCCAGGCACCCACAGCUGCCCAGACUGAGGCUUUAUCUCGACUCUUCGACUCAGUGAAGACACUGACAGCCAAGGAGGAGCUUCUUCAGACCCUGCGAACCCACUUGAUUCUGCACGUGGCCCGGACCCAUGGCUACUCCAAGGUGAUGACGGGAGACAGCUGUACCCGCCUGGCCAUCAAGCUCAUGACUAGCCUGGCGCUAGGGAGAGGGGCCUUCCUGGCCUGGGACACGGGCUUCUCUGAUGAGAGGCAUGGUGACGUGGUGGUGGUGCGGCCCAUGCGCGACCACACACUGAAGGAGGUCGCCUUCUACAACCGCCUGUUUGCUGUGCCCUCUGUCUUCACACCAGCUAUCGACACCAAGGCCCCUGAGAAGGCCAGCGUCCACCGGCUUAUGGAAGCCUUCAUGCUCAGGCUGCAGGCCCAGUUCCCCGCCACAGUCAGCACCGUGUACAGGACGAGUGAGAAGCUGGUCAAGGCCCCAAGGGAUGGCAAUGCUGGUGGCCCCCCAGGUCCCCGCUGCCUGCUCUGCAUGUGUGCACUGGACAUCGACACUGCUGAUAGUGCCACGGCUUUUGGGGCCCAGACCUCACAUCUCUCCCAGAUGCAGCCCCCCACCCCACCCGCUGAGGCACCCACAACACCCUGCUGCUCUGCAGGGGUGGGCAGGGCCCAGGGCUGUUGCCGGGGGGCUGGGCCCUGCGGGAGGGAGGACCCCCGAGCCAGUGUCAUCGAGCAGCUAUGCUACGGAUGCCGUGUGAACAUGAAGGACUUGCCUUCCUUGGACCCCCUGCCACCCUACAUCCUGACUGAGGCCCAGCUCCGUAGCCAGAGGGCCUCGGUCUUGCAGGAGAUACAGGAGUAUCUGAUUGACAGUGAUGAUGAGGCGCAGACCGGUGGGAGCUGAGCCUCAGGAUGGACCCCAGGACCACCCCGCCUGGACCUCUGCCAUGCUGGAGCAGGACACAGGGAUGGGCAGGCAGCGUGCUGUCAUCCGUUCGUAUAAAUAAAAGUUUUAAUUAAAAAAACUCUACAGUACGUGUGGAGAAAGGAGGGCUGGGCCCCCUGGCCCAAUGUGUCUGGCACUGGGCCCUGCAGGGACAACGGAAAGGGACAGCAGUCCUGUGCUGGGCCGUGGAGGGGCCACAGCUCCCUUCUGACAGCAGCAUCAAGGCUCAGUGGGCCAGGAGGACCUGUCACAGCUGGUGGCCUGGGACUGGAGUAUCUGCUCCUGUGGCCUGAGGAGCACUGCCCUCCUUCCUGGCAGGCCGGCUCCUUCAUUCACGUGCACACGGAGCCUGGCUCCUACUCCUUUUCGCGGGUCCACUUGAUCAUGGUCUCUGGUGAGCGGUAGAGGAAGAUGAGCUUGGCGUAUAGCUCCUCUUCCAGCUCCAGCUCUCGCGUCUCCCGCACCAGGAAGAUGUCCUGGCAGAGCUUGAGGAUUCGGUCCACACACGGCAGCUCCUCGAACAUGAUGGAGUGUGAGAUCUCACUGAAGAA